UGGAGAAGGGAGGAAGCAAUAAAUGGAAAAAGGUAAUUGGAUUGGGGCAGCAACAGCAAGGUUUGCAUGUUCCUUGUGGCUCUUUGGGUGUUCCCAAUCACACUUUGUUAAUUUUGGGCGCUGAAUAAUUAAUGUGAGUGUGGUAAUGCAUUUUGACAUUUCAGCUGGCACACACAAGUCAUAUUUUUUGAUGCACACAAAAAAGAAAAAUGAAAAAUUAUGGGUUGUGUGUGUCUUUUGGUGGAGGAAUGGUUGUGACCUACUCCUUUUAAGUAGGGAAUUCCCCAAAAAAGAGUUUAGUGAGAGAGAGAAGAAAAAGAAGGAAGGAAGAGUAGUAGUAGUUGUUGGUGAUGAGUGAUGAUGGAAAGACAGAAAUGCAAGCUCUGUUCAAGGUCCUUCAGCAAUGGCAGAGCCCUCGGUGGGCACAUGAAGGCUCACCUCGCCGACACUAGUUCCUCCUCUUACUCCUCUGACUCCGACGCCUUGAGGGAGAACCCCAAGAAAAGCUUCAACUCUCCGUUUGCCUCUCUUGUCCAAGACAGAGAGAGCGAGAGCGAAUCAAAGAACCCCACUCGCCAACGAUCCAACCGCUCCUCCGAGGAACAUGUCGCCAUGUGCCUCAUCAUGCUCUCCAGAGACACGUGGCAUGCGCCUCCUCCUAACACCUCCCGCACCGGAUCAAACCACCUCUGCCUCCGCUGCAACAAACCCUUCCGCUCCUCUCGCGCCUUGGCCUCUCACUCAACCAUUUGCAAAAACACUCAUCACCAAACUCAUACUAAGCUUUUUCAAUGCCCCUUUUGUUACAAGCUCUUUGCCUCCGGUCAAGCCCUUGGUGGCCACAAGAGAUCUCACCUUAUUCCAUCUUCAACUCAUUCCGUUAAGUUGAAACAGAGCUUCAUAGAUCUCAACUUGCCCGCGCCGCCUGAAGAAGACAACCUUAGCCUUCUCUCUCAUGCCUAGUUCCAUCCCCAUAUUUUAAUUUUUAAUCUUUCCUUCUCUUUUUCCUUUUUUUUAUAAAACUAGGUGCGGAUAUUUCAUCUUGUUUAUUCAUAGUUCAGAUGUUUUUUAUUCUACAAUGGUAGUUUGUUCCUUCAUUUUUCACUUUCACUUCCCAUAGAGUUACACGAUGAAUUGCUAGUGUUAGAUACAGGUGAAUUUCAGUCUUAAAAGGUAGUUUCAAUGCGAAUUCGGGGUAUGGCAGGUUGUGGACCAAUAACUCUGCCCUCUCAAGUACUAAAGCGACUCUGCGAUUCUGUUUUAAUGUUUUCCUUCUGUUCCACCCCUCUCUAGCUUGCACUUUUCGUUACAAUGAAUAAAUAAAUCGCUUUUUCUUGCUUCUA